UCUAUAUAUAUCUCACAACUCCCAAUGCUGUGCUCCUCAACUCGCAUUAUACUACGAAAAAAUCAAAUCUUGGGACCCAUUUCUGCGUUCUUGUUGUUGACAAACCAGUUUUCAAACAAUUCUAAGCAAACCCAUCUGCGUUUUUCGCAUCGUUCUUCUGUUUCUUUGUUCUCUAAGCCAAUCCGAACAGAGUUCUCGAGGCCCUUGUUGUUUGAUUUUCGAUCGGUUCGUGCAAUGGCCAGCCAAUCCCAGACAGAAUCUGUCCACAACUUCAUCGUCAAGGAUGCUAAGGGAAAUGAUGCAGAUCUUAGCACUUACAAGGGAAAGGUCCUCCUGAUAGUCAAUGUUGCCUCCAAAUGUGGCAUGACCAACUCAAAUUACACAGAGUUGAAUCAACUAUAUGAAAAGUAUAAAGAACAAGGCCUGGAGAUACUGGCGUUUCCAUGCAAUCAGUUUGGUGAGGAGGAACCAGGAAGCAAUGAUCAGAUUGUGGAGUUUGUCUGCACUCGCUUCAAAUCGGAAUUUCCUAUCUUUGACAAGAUUGAAGUGAAUGGUGAGAAUACUGCUCCAGUGUACAAGUUCUUGAAGUCUGGUAAAUGGGGGAUAAUUGGGGAUGAUAUCCAAUGGAACUUUGCCAAGUUUCUAGUUGACAAGGAUGGGCAAGCUGUUGAUCGUUAUUAUCCCACAACUUCUCCUCUUACCAUUGAGCAUGACAUCAAAAAGCUUCUGGGAGUGAGUGAAUGAAUGCUAUUUGGGAGGGGACAUCCUAAGUUUGAAGCCUUUGAUGUGAACUUGGCUUUUGUGUUUGUGACUUUGUGCUUUUGUGUUUGUGCGCCUUACUGACUCGUUAGAUUUGUAUAAUAGAAUAUUAUGUGUGACUAUGAUGCGUAUUUUCCUUCAUGUCUGUUAGUUUUAGUUGGUUUGGAGUUGUUGCAAUCUGAACAAAAUCCUUUUCUAUGUAUUGAUGCCGUUUAUCA